UCAGGACCAAACAUGGGGACCGCAGGACUUCACUCCACAUUAUGGCUCAUCUGCGUGCUGGUUGGCUCAUUCGCUCAGACUGUAACCAUCAUUCCUUCUGCACAGACACUAAGUCUGAGUUCAGCUGAUGCAAAUCACAUCGGCCAAGUUUGCACGACUUGGGGACAGUAUCACUGGAAGACCUUUGAUGGAAACUUCUUCCAGCUGGCCUCCAGUUGUAAUCAUGUCAUGGCCUACCAGUGUAAGAACUACGAAAAUUUCAACAUCCAGAUGAGACGACAAACCGUCAACAAUGUCUCCACCAUCAGCAACAUCACCAUGGUGCUUGAGGGAACAGUGGUGAAGCUCUCCAUGAGCUCAGUGAUUGUCAAUGACGAGGCGGUGUCUUUGCCAUAUGUGUUAUUUGGGGUGGCUGUCAUGGGAACCACAUCUGCUAUCACCGUGGAAGCUAAGCUGGGAAUUAAACUGAUCUGGAACCUGGAUGACUCCCUUGAUAUUGAAAUAGAUAAAAAAUACCAGAACCAGACCUGUGGACUCUGUGGAAACUUUGACAGCAUUCCCAAUGAUUUGAUGAAACAAGGAGCACAGCUGUCAGUUACAGAUUAUGCUGAAAUCAACAAGGUGGAUGAGCCCACAGAGAGUUGUGAGGAACCUGUCCUCAACCCAGACCUGAGCUGUGGCAAUAAGGAAUACUGUGACCAGCUGUUCUCAGGAGCUGCUUUCAGUUGUUGCCAGAACCUUCUAGAUGUGGACUCCUUCAGCAAAGCCUGUAUGGCUGAUCUUUGCAACAAAGAAAACCUCUCUGACCUCUGUCAAACGGUCUCAGAGUACUCCAGACAGUGUGUCCACGCAGGUGGCAAGCCGGCUCAGUGGAGAAAUGCCACCUUUUGCAACGUGGAAUGUCCAUACAACAUGGAGUACAGGGAGUAUGGCAGCUCAUGUGCUGACAGCUGCUCCACCCCUCAUGCCAGCCAAACGUGUCACAGCCACGACAACGAAGGCUGUCACUGCCCUGCCGGAACCGUCUUAGAUGACAUCAGUAGCACUGGCUGUGUUGCACUGGACCAGUGUCCAUGUGUGCACAACAGCAAAGUCUACCAGCCAGGAGCGUCCUACUCUUACAGCUGUAGAUCCUGCGUGUGUGAGAGUGGACAGUGGAGGUGUGCGGAGGAGAACUGUCCAGGCAUGUGCUCUGUGGAGGGCGGGGCUCACAUCAACACCUUCGAUGGGAAGGACUACACCUUCCACGGGGACUGCUCCUACGUUCUGGCCAAGGAAAGUGAUGGUUUGUCAUACACCGUGCUGGGGGACCUGGUGAAGUGCAGUCUGGAUGACAGAAGGACCUGCCUCAGAGCUGUAACUCUGAGUCUAUACAACAACUCUUUGGUUAUUCAAAUCCAGGGCACCGGGCAGGUCUACGUCAAUCACAUUUUCUCUCAGCUUCCACUGUUUACACCGGAGGUGAGUGCCUUCAGGCCAUCCUCCUUCUACAUCGCCGUAACUCUCCAGCUGGGCAUUCAAGUGAUGGUGCAGCUGUCGCCCGUGAUGCAAGUCUUCAUCUCGGCUGACACUUCCCUCAGAGGAAACAUCUCUGGUCUGUGUGGGAACUUCAACAACAUAAUGAGUGAUGACUUCAGAGUGAUUAGUGGUCUUGUGGAGGGCACCGCAGCAGCGUUUGCUAACUCGUGGAAAACUAGAGCCAGCUGCCCCGACAUCACCACACGCUUUGGAAAUCCCUGUCAACAAAGCAUCAUCACGGAGAGUUAUGCCAAAUACUGGUGCUCCAAACUCACGGAUCCUGAAGGCGUGUUUGCCCCUUGCCACUCAGUCAUUAGCCCCAACAUAUACAAUGAUAACUGCAUGUAUGACAGCUGUAGCUGUGAGCAAACGGAGGACUGCAUGUGUGCUGCGGUCUCAUCUUAUGUCUAUGCCUGUUCAGUGGCAGGAAUCCACAUCAGUGGCUGGAGGAAGACCAUCUGUGGCACAUUCAGCACAUCGUGUCCAGCAGGAGCAGUGUAUGAGUACAACAUGACCUGCUGCGGUCGGACCUGCCGAUCCCUCAGCCAGCACGAUUACUCCUGCCAGACCAGCUUCCCCUCAGUGGACGGCUGUGGCUGUGCCGAGGGAACCUACAUGGACGAGGAGGGCAAUUGUGUGCCAGGAGCAAGCUGCCCCUGCUACGAUAAAGACACCGUUAUUCCUGCUGGACAGACCAUCAGCAAGGAUGGCUCCACAUGUGUCUGCCGACAAGGAGCUCUCAGCUGCUCAGGAGCAACAAUGCUACUAACGUCACCAUCAUGCAGUGCCCCCAUGGUUUACUUUGACUGCACCACUGGUCAACCUGGGACCACUGGGACUGAGUGUCAGAAGAGCUGCAGCAGUCUGGACAUGGCUUGUAUCAGUACAGGCUGUAUAUCUGGCUGCAUGUGCCCUGAUGGCCUGGUGUCAGAUGGAGCAGGAAGCUGUAUCAGCGAGACCAGCUGUCCAUGUCUACACAAUGGAAACGUAUAUCAGCCUGGGGAGACACUGACAGUGGACUGCAACACCUGCUACUGCAGUGGAAGAAAGUUCACAUGUACCACCAAUGAGUGUAACGCAGUAUGUGGGAUCUAUGGGGAUGGACACUAUAUCACAUUUGAUCAUAAGAGGUUUGACUUCAGCGGAGACUGUGAAUACACACUCCUUCAGGACUAUUGUGGCACCAGUAAGAGCAAUGGAACUUUCAGGAUUAUCACUGAGAAUGUUCCAUGUGGGACCACAGGAGCCACCUGCUCCAAGACCAUCCAGAUCUUCCUGGGGGAUAAUGAAUACCAACUUAAAGACGAGACCUUCCAAAUGGUAAAGGGCAGCGGCCAGGUGCUCCCUGCUCAGAUACACAAGAUGGGUAUUUACCUUGUGGUGAUGAUCAAGCCGGGUCUUGUGAUCAUGUGGGACCAGAAGACCAGUCUUUUCAUUAAACUUGCCCCACAAUUCCAGGGUCAAGUCUGUGGUCUGUGUGGAAACUACGACGGCAACAGUAAGAAUGAGUUCACCACACGCUCUGCGGAGACCGUGGCCGACGUUCUAGAAUUUGGUAACAGUUGGAAGGUUUCAUCCAGCUGCCCAAAUGCUGAAAUGCUCGCUGAUCCCUGUGCCUCUAACCGUUACCGGGCAGCCUGGUCCCAGAAGCAGUGUAGCAUCAUCAUCAGUGUCACCUUCCAGAGCUGUCAUUCACAGGUUGACCCUGGUCCCUACUAUGACUCUUGUGUGAGAGACUCUUGUGCUUGUGACACUGGUGGGGACUGUGAAUGUCUCUGUACUGCUGUGGCUUCCUAUGCUAAAGCUUGUAAUGAAGCUGGGGCUUGUGUACACUGGAGAACUCCAAAACUGUGCCCUAUCUUCUGUGACUAUUACAAUGAACCUGGUCAAUGUGAAUGGCACUACAAACCUUGUGGAGUUGACUGCAUGAAAACGUGUAGAAAUCCAUCCGGAAACUGUUCCAGUCUCAUCACUGCCCUGGAAGGCUGCUAUCCACAGUGUCCCCCAACCGAGCCCUACUUUGACGAAGACAACAUGAAAUGCGUUAGCUGGAACCAAUGUGGCUGCUAUGAUGACAAAGGCAACCAUUACAGGAUUGGAAACAAGGUUCCAUCUAGCAACUGUUACACUUGUUCCUGUACCGUUUCUGGAAUAUCUUGCAACUACAACGUGAACUCUUGCAUGUGCUUUAUUAAUGGAAAACCCUACGAAUAUGGGGCAACCAUCUACAACACCACAGAUGGCCUGGGCAACUGCAUUACAGCUAAGUGUGGGGCCAAUGAAACAAUAACCAGAGACAUAUAUAAGUGCUUUUCAACAACCACAGCUGGCCCUACAACUACUGCCUUUGCAUUUAGCACCGUUAAGAAGACAACUUCAGGUACUGCACCGCAAUCAAGAACAACAUUAGGAUCAACAUCCACUGUAUCAACUGCAAAAACACAGAAGACAACAACCAUACCUAAUCAAACAUCAGAAAGAACAACGCAAGUAAUUAGCACAACAACAGGGGUCCAAGAAACUUUGACAACAACACCUACUGUAGUGUCAGCUUCAACAUCAGGAGUAACUGUUAAAGGUACAACUAUAAUUGCCCCAAUAACACAGACACUUCCAGGCACAAUAACUUUUCCAACUACGAAGCCAUCAAUAACCACUAAAAGAGUCACCACUGGCCCGCUAACAUCCUCUACAUCUAAUGUUGAAACUACAACCUCAUUGGAAAGUGCAUCGACAACAGGCCCUGAAGUAACAACUGUAACAUCGAUACCGUCUGUUGGCACCACAACCACUGAAGUCCCUUCAGUUACAACUCAGGGAACCACAGCCAUACCUUCAGAAACAACUACUUCAGAACAAACUACAGGAAGCGUUGCAACAACCAAACCACCAAAAGAAGUCACUACUGGCCCAGUUACAACUUCUACGACGGCUGUUGUUGAAACUACAACCUCAUUGGAAAGUGCAUCGACUACAGGCCCUGAAGUAACAACUGUAACAUCGAAACCGUCUGUUGGCACCACAACCACUGAAGUCCCUUCAGUUACAAUGCCUCGACAACAGGCCCUGAAACCACCAAAAGAAGUCACUACUGGCCCAGUUACAUUAUCUACGACGGCUGUUGUUGAAACUACAACAUCAGUUUCAAUUGCCUCGACAACAGGCCCUGAAGUAACAACUGUAACAUCGAAACCGUCUGUCGGCACCACAACUACUGAAGUCCCUUCAGUUACAACUCAGGGAACCACAGCCAUACCUUCAGAAACAACUACUUCAGAACAAACUACAGGAAGCGUUGCAACAACCAAACCACCAAAAGAAGUCACUACUGGCCCAGUUACAACUUCUACGACGGCUGUUGUUGAAACUACAACAUCAGUUUCAAUUGCCUCGACAACAGGCCCUGAAGUAACAACUGUAACAUCGAAACCGUCUGUUGGCACCACAACCACUGAAGUCCCUUCAGUUACAACUCAGGAAACCACAGCCAUACCUUCAGAACCAACUACUUCAGAACAAACUACAGGAAGCGUUGCAACAACCAAACCACCAAAAGAAGUCACUACUGGCCCAGUUACAACAUCUACGACGGCUGUUGUUGAAACUACAACAUCAGUUUCAAUUGCCUCGACAACAGGCCCUGAAGUAACAACUGUAACAUCAAAACCGUCUGUCGGUACCACAACCACUGAAGUACCAACCCUGACAACUGAGGGAGCAACAACCAUAGCAACAGAAAUAACUACAUUAGAAAAAACAACACAAGUAAAUGGUACUACAGCACAUGUUCCAGUUACAGAUAAGCCAGUUACAUCAACUGUUAUCACACAACCUAUUGUGGUGCCAGCUUCAACUUCAGCAGCGACAGCUGAAAGUACAACUUUUAUUGCCCCAGUAACUCAGACACUUCCGGGCAGCACAACUGUUUACACUACUAGACCAGUCAGAUCUACAGUUGUUUCUACACCACCUCUAUUAACCACAACUACAACGUUAUGUGUCUGCAUUGUCAAUGGGACUUCGCAUCGUUCUGGGGAUUUGGUGUACAAUGUCACUGAUGGCUUAGGCUGGUGUUAUGUUGCAUAUUGCAAUGCAUCAUGUAAAGUUGAGACUCAAUCCAGACCAUGUCCUACAACACCGAUUCCCAGCACAGUACCGUCUCGCACCACUGGCACCACUGCAAAUGUCUCAGUUUCUUCCACCACAACAGCUAUUGCCAGCUCCACUUCCAUUCCAUCAACAACCCCAUCCACAACUACUGCAGACUGCAAUUAUGUGAAUUCCACAAGAAAGAAUGGAGAGUCCUGGAAGGUCAGCAACUGCACCACAGCUAUCUGCAUCAAUGGCAAGAUCACAGAGACACGCACUCCUUGUCCCACACCACAACAACCCAUCUGUGCAAAUGGGCGCAGAGUUGUGAAAGUCGAUGAUGGAUGCUGCUUCCAUUAUGAAUGUGAAUGUGUGUGCAGUGGCUGGGCAGGAUCCCACUACAUCACAUUUGAUGGAAAGUCAUACAGUUUCAAAGACAACUGUUCUUACUUCCUUGUAAAAGAGAUUAUUACUAAAUAUAACCUGACUAUAAUAGUAAAAAACCAAGACUGUGACCCUUCGGACAGCACAUUCUGUCCCCAGGCUCUCAUUGUAACAUAUGGAACAUACACAGUAGUUUUGACUCAGUUGAAGACUUCAGGAACAGCAGCUAAUGUGGUGUAUGUGGAUGAGAAACGGAUAUAUCCCGCCUACAAAAAUUCUGUCCUAAGCAUCACAAGCACAGAUAUGGUGAUCACAUUGGAGAUACCUGGAAUCAACACAAAAGUUGUCUAUACACAGUCCUCAUUCACCAUUGACCUUCCUUAUUCCUCCUUUGGUGGAAACACUGAGGGACAGUGUGGGACCUGUGACAACUCCCAGAACAACGACUGUCGCUCUCCAAACGGCCAGGUGGAUAGCUGCUCCAUCACUGCGGGCCAGUGGAAUGUCCCGGGUACACCCUGUGUCACCCCAACAAUCCCACCAACUACAGCUACUUCAAAAGCACCUUACUCAACCACACAGAAUCCUUGCAAACCUGCCAUAUGCGAUAUCCUAACCAGCAGUGUUUUUGCACCAUGCAAUUCAGUCGUGCCUGCAGGACCAUUCUUGAAAUCCUGUAGGUCUGACAUUUGCAACAGUGGCAAUGCCACAGGUUGCACCAGCCUGGAGGCCUAUGCCACUCAGUGCUCCGACGCAGGAGUCUGUAUCGACUGGAGGAAUGCAACCAAUGGGCAGUGUGCACUCAAGUGUCCAAAUAACAAGGUGUACAUGGCCUGUGGCCCCACUGUAGAGCCGACAUGCGAUGACAGAUACAACCAAAAGUUUCGGACCAGUGGUGCAUCCUCGAACAGCACUAAGGAGGGCUGCUUCUGUCCUCAUGGGACCACCUUGUUCAACACAGUCUAUGACACGUGUGUGGCCUCGUGUGGUUGUGUUGGACCUGAUGGAAAACACAAAGAGCCUGGUGACAAGUGGACAAGUGGCUGCAACACCUGUCUUUGUGACAACGAUUCCUUGAGCAUCCAGUGUCAGCCCGUCCUCUGCCCGACAGCACUGAGCCCCAACUGCAGCCUGCCGGGCCAGCAGCUGGUCAACCACACCGACGGCUGCUGCACGAAGCAGUCCUGUGAGUGCAACGUAAACCUGUGUCCUACCGCUAUAAGCUGUCCACUGGGGUUCAAACUCAACUUCCUCAACGGCACCUGCUGCCAAUCCUACCAGUGUGUUCCUAAAGGUGUUUGUGUCUACAACAUGACCGAGUACCAGCCUGGUUCCAAGGUACCAACAUUAGAAACUCCAUCAGAAUUGGAACUACAACCCACACAAGCCGGAUCAGGAGAAGGAGCAACAACACCGGGCCUUAUCACAAAGGGGACCUUUACUCCAUCAGAAUUGGAACUACAACCCACACGAGCCGGAUCAGGAGAAGGAGCAGCAACACCGGGCCUUAUCACAAAGGGGUCCUUUACUCCAUCAGAAUUGGAACUACAACCCACACGAGCCGGAUCAGGAGAAGGAGCAACAACACCGGGCCUUAUCACAAAGGGGUCUUUUCAACCCGCACCCUGCCAGGAGUGUUACUGUGGUCCCCACAUGGAUCCCAUCACCAAGCUAAACAUCAUUUCUUGCAAACCUAUUGUCUGCAACACCAACUGCUCCAGAGGUUAUGAAUAUAAGACUUCAGCUGACAAGUGCUGCGGGACAUGUGUUCAGAAGAGCUGUAUUCUCACCACACCUGAAAACACAACAUAUAUCAUUGAGGUCAACAACACAUUUGUACCACCUAAUCACAAGUGUGUGCAAUAUACAUGUGAGAAAAUGAAUGGACAGCUUGUUACUAAGGAAACCAAGACCACAUGUCCUCCCUUCAACCCCUUGGACUGUGAACCUGGUACCGAGACAACAGACGCGCUUGGAUGCUGCACAACCUGCAAGCUGCUGAGCCGCUGUGAGCUGCAGAUUAAGAAGGCCGUCAUCGAGGUCAACGACUGCAGGAGCACGCAGCCAGUCAAUGUGACCUCCUGCGCGGGAAACUGUGGAAGCUCGUCCAUAUAUUCUGCAGCAGCUAACAAGAUGAUGCACCAGUGUGAGUGUUGCCAAGAAGCCACCACCACACAGAGACAAGUGGAGCUCACCUGCACCAACGGCUCCAAGGUGCAGCACAGCUACAUUGUGGUGGAGACAUGCCACUGCAACAAAGCAGAGUGCGAGGCGGGGACAACGUCCAAACCACAACGCCGUAGGAGACGCUGAGCACAGCGCGUCCCGCUGUGAAGCCUGCAACCACUUUACAGAGGACCUUCUUGUCGGGUUCUUUUAUCUAUUCUAAUCUGAUGUAAACCUUCUUCAUUUUAGAAAUUCAUAGACAAUCAUUAAAAAAUAAAUAUUUCUGCAAUACAAACA